AUAAGGUACUGAAACCGAAACCAGAGAGCCGCUGGGAGUCGAAUUGAAAUCCCGUUGGUAUUCCUAAUGUGCUGAACUUUACUGAUUGGUGUUUGUUGAUUGAGGAGUUGGAAGAUAAUGGCGCAGAGUUUAGCAAUGCCCCUCGCUCCUUCGCUUUCCGUUAUCUGCAAUGCUCGGAACUCCAAUCCUCUCUCUAACACCCUCUCCUUCCCCAUUUCAAACCCUCAGGUUCGUGGUCUUCAAAUCAAGUGUGUACGUGUUGGAGGAGUUGAGAUACCAAACAACAAGCGAGUUCAAUACUCCCUUCAAUAUAUACAUGGUAUUGGUCGCAACAAUGCUAAGAAAAUACUGUUUGAUCUAAACGUGGAGAAUAAGAUAACCAAGGACUUAUCUGAGGAGGAACUAAUAUCUAUCCGAGAUGAAGUUUCCAAGUACAUGAUUGAAGGAGAUCUGAGGCGUUUCAAUGCACUUGCCAUAAGGAGAUUGAAAGAGAUUCAGUGUUAUAGAGGGAUUCGACACAUUCAGGGGUUGCCUUGCAGAGGACAGCGAACGAAAAACAACUGCAGAACCUUGAAGGGUAAGAAGGUUGCUAUUGCAGGGAAGAAGAAGGCUCCUCGUUGAGGUCUUUGCGAUCGAACCGAGUAAAUCUCUUCUAAAACCUUUGAGAUGUAUUGUUUUAACUCUGGAAUUGCAUCUAUUUUCCUCAUGGAAAUAUAGUUUCUUGCAAAUACUCUGUUUUAUUGCUGUGCCAUAUUCUACUUUACAUAUGUGCUCACCCUCUUUGAUAAAUGCCGAAUCAUCUGUA